AUGGCCGCAAUAACAAGGCUACGACUUUGUUGUGCACACAAGAACGGAGAUUUGUGUGGCGGCGUUGUCGUUCCUCGAUAGGAAAUUUCUAUUACAAUAUAAACGCCUCCUAGAUUGGGCACUUACGAAACUAUGAGGAAAACCGACACACAAAUGAACGUAGCUGGUAUACGUCGUAACAUCAAGAACAUCGCCCACAACUAUUCCGAUGCGCAGGUGAAGGUACGGGAGGCUACCUCGAACGAUCCAUGGGGCCCAUCGUCCACGAUCAUGGCGGAGAUCGCCGACCUCACGUACAACGUGGUGGCUUUUUCCGAAAUCAUGCAGAUGAUCUGGAAGCGCAUGAAUGACCAUGGCAAAAACUGGCGACAUGUGUACAAGGCGCUGUUGCUGUUGGAGUACCUCAUCAAGACUGGUACGGAGAAGGUGGCGCAACAGUGCAAGGAAAAUAUCUACGCCAUCCAGACUCUGAAGGAAUUCCAGUACAUGGAAGAGGGCAAGGAUCAGGGCAUGCAUGUACGGGAGAAGGCGAAACAGCUUGUUUCGCUGCUGAAGGAUGAUGAGCGGCUCAAGAAUGAGCGGGCCCGAGCGUUGAAGGCAAAGGAACGCUUUGCCCGAACGGCCAGCGGGUUCGGUAGCGAUGGUUCGAUCGAUGGCCCGACACAACGUGACCCAAGGCCACCGAACUGGGGCGAAGGUGAACCGAUUGCGGGUGCAGCAACGAGUGGUGUUGGAAAACCUGUAUCAGAGAUUGAGUUCGUACGGCCGCAAACGGUCGGCGAGGAAGAAUUGCAGCUCCAGCUGGCAAUGGCCAUGUCUAGGGAGGAAGCGGAACAGGAAGAGCAAAAGCGUCGCAGUGAUGAUGUUCGGUUGCAGUUAGCACUCAGUCAAAGCGAACAGGACUUCAAGAAGGACAGUGACCCCAAGGAGGGAGGUAGUGCACUGGUAGAUUUGUUGGACAUUUCUUUCGGAGCUGCCUCGAUUAGCAGUCCGUCGCAACAGCCGCUUGCCGGACCUUCGGGUGCCGGUGGACCAAUUGAUCCUUGGGGUAUGCCCGUGGCAGGUGGAUCACGUCCGACGACGUCGGAUCCCUGGUCAAGAACCUCAUCCCCACCGGCGGUAGUGGAUCCGUGGUUAAACACCGCUUCAGCUUUACCUUCGGCAGGACCAUCCUCCUCGAAACCACCGUUGCUGGGAGCAGAAUCAUGGCAACCACGCACCCAAUCGCCCUCGGUCACAUCCGGAUCGUCGGUUGAGGGAUGGCUCCAAAAUGGUGCAGGUGCUGGUGCCGGUGCAGGAGCCAUGAUGAUGAACGGUGCCGGGGCUACGAACGGAAACCUCGAUCCUUGGUAUAACAAAACAAAUGCUGUUCCUCUCGGAGCUACUGCGCCUCCUCAGGCAGGUGAUCCUUGGCAGACAACUAAACGAACAACGCCUGUGCCUAGCGCUACUGCUGGUGGUGAUCCGUGGCAGUCAAACCCAACCGCUGCUAAACUUGAUCCAUGGGCACCGGUUAGUAGUAAUUCUGCCACUGGAAGUGUCGGUGAUCUUGAGGCUACGUUCGGUGGUGGCAGUGGACCGCUCAUGAAUCGACCUUCCCCUGUCGGUGCGAUCACUUCGCCGGUAUCGGAUCUAGAUGAGUUUGACAUUAUUACCAAGCGAGCAGCCAGUAACCACAGUAGCAGCAGCACCAACAACAAUAAUAAUCAUAAUGCCGCCAGCAACAAUCUGAAUAAUAACAGUUCACUGCUUCUGGGUGACCUGGAUCCAUUGUCAUCCUCCGGAACGAACUCAAGCUCGCCUAGCAUGGGUGCGACGACGGCCGCAAAGAAGACACCCCAAUCGUUCCUUGGUGAAAACUCGGCACUCGUCAAUUUAGACAAUCUAAUCAAACCGAUGCCGAGCGGUGGCGGUGUGGCCGCAUCAACCACCACGUCCGCGGCAUACAAUCCGUUCGGAGAUACCGGUGGAGCCGGUGCACCCGUACAAAAGAACCUAUUCCAACAGAAUCAACCUCAGGUUCCGUCCAUCAAUCAGUUGAAACAGUCACCGUUUCCAGUAACGCUUAAUCAGGAUCCUUGGGCACCGGUUUCAAACAUGACCACAGCGCAACAACCUGUCGAUGAGGACGAAGGAGAGUGCUUUCCGUACUCACCGGUUGAUGUGAACGCAAACAGUGAUAUCUCACCAACUGUCGCCUAUGCACGCGCGGCCACCGACUAUCAACAGCAGCAACAUCAGGAUUGGCCCACUGCAACGACUCAUAAAAUCCCACCAUCAAGCUCUAACAUGGAACACAUUGACUGUCGUCUUAACGAUGCUGGUGUCACAAUCGAAGACGAUAUUUUUAACACCAACUACGCAAUGCUUCCUUCUACAAUGGCCACUGGUAACAUUGAAAGGCAUCAUCUAACUGCGGCACAGCUGGAUAGUACACGCCCGUUGCGUCAACUGUAUGACUUUCAUUUCGCAGUUGACGAAGAGGCCCUCGAUGUUGUUAACGCUGGAAUGUUGUCAGGUGGAGGUGUCGCUUUUAAUACUACUAGUGCAUUUAACCAUAAAGAGAAUCGACAGAAUAUUAAUACCAACAUUUCAGAUACGUGUCACGCUAACAACAUCAAUUAUCAAGCCAAUAUAAACAAUAAUAAUAGUGGCCCCUGGAUGAAUCCUCAGUCGUCGAAUCCAUUCCUAUCGUAA